CCGCCGGGCAGCAAGGGCGCGACCCUGCACCUCGGCGACCUCGACGUGUGGAUGGACGAGGCGUACGUCCGCGAGUGCUGCGCCCUCAUGGGCUGGGACGCCGUGUCGGCCAUCAAGAUGUCGCGCGGCGCGUCGCCCGCGAGCGGUUACUGCUUCCUCACGUUCCCGACGACGGCCGACGCCCAACGCGCGCUCCAGCGGUUCAACAGCCAGCCGCCGAUGCUCAUGCCCCGCAGCGGCAGGACGUUCAAGCUCAACUGGGGGACGGGCCUUCCCGGGCUCCAGCCGCGGUGGGACGGCGAGUUCAGCGUGUUUGUCGGCGACCUCGCGAGGGAGGUGGGAGAGGCCGACCUCAUGACGCUCUUCACGCCCCUGUUCCCGUCGACCAAGUCGGCCAAGGUCAUGUGCGACCCGUCGACCGGCCUCUCGCGCGGCUACGGGUUCGUCCGGUUCACCGACGAGUCGGACAUGGCGCGCGCCCUGCGCGUCGGCGCCAACGCGCACUCGGGCCUGCUCCUCCACGGCCGCACGAUCCGCAUCAGCGAGGCGAGCGGGCCCGGCUCGAGCGCCGCCGCCAACGCGCCGCCGCCGCCCAACGCCGUCGAGGGCAUGCCGCACCUGCGCGAGCGCACUCGUACCCGCAGCGGCGAGGGCCACUUUGCCGCCCAGCAGCAGCAGCAGCAGCAGGACUCGUCGACGCCGCAGGUGCGCGCGCCGAUCCCGCAGGGUGCCGUGCCGCCCGGCGGCGACCCGAACAACACGACCGUCUUUGUCGGCGGCCUGCCGGCGUGCAUCAGCGAGGAGACGCUCAAGAGCUUCUUCCACCACUUUGGCGAGAUCACGUACUGCAAGAUCCCGCCGGGCAAGGGCUGCGGCUUUGUCCAGUUCGUGCGCCGUCAAGACGCCGAGCUCGCCAUCGCCAAGAUGAACGACUUUCCGAUCCACGGCAAGUCGCGCAUCCGCCUGUCGUGGGGCCGGUCCCAGGGCGACAAGCAGGUC